CCCAGAACCAGCACCAGAGAACCCAUCCUCAUGUCUGGCCCAGUCCCAGCCCUCCUCUGCAGACCCAGAUAAGUCAGACGCAAAGAGUGGUCUAGCAGAUACUGCCACCAAGGAUGGGACUUUGAGUAAAGACACCAAUGACAGUGUGUGCACUGCACAGGAGGAGAAGGAGAAAACUGAAGACUCAAAGGAGAGUGUGAGUGUGUCUAAAGAUGAAGCCAUUAGUAAAGGGCUUUCUGUGCCUGAGAAGAAGAAAGAGGGCCUCUGGAAUUACGUGGCACACCAUGUGAUUAUAAACCCUUUCCAAAAGGUGAUGUCAUCCUUCCCAUUUACCAGAGGAACCGAGCACAUCUCUACUUCAACCCAAAGGGGCAUUCUAUCAGGAACUGAAUUCACUGCCACUGACUUCACGGCAAUGGAUGGGGCAAGGAGUGAUGGCAUAUCCACAGUCAACAGCACAAGUCUGGAUGAGCUGUUGAGUGACUUGGGACUGGAACACCACCUGAAGAACAAGCUGACUCUGAGCAAGGUGCUGGAGAUUGAUGGAGAGACUUUAACUGAUGAAAGCAUCCAGUCUCUGAAAUCUCUGCCAUGGUGUUUCCUGAGGAGGUUAAUGAUGGUGAAUGUGACUGCUAGGAGUGUGAGGUGCGCCUCAAAACAGGACAUGACUUCCCAAAACCUGGAAAGCUUAAUGGACACCCUGGACAAUCCACAGGCCAGCAGCAACAGAGUCAACCCUCUGGACCUCAUAACUGCUGUGUUUCUCUGCUCAGAUGGCUUCCUCCAGCAGGAGAUGGUUUUGAAAAUGUCCAUGUGCCAGUUCUCUGUGCCUCUGCUACUUCCUAAGUGUGAUACACAGCAGUGCACUUUAAUGCUCUGGGCCAUGAGGGGUAUUGUGAAAACGUUCAAGCCGCACUCUUUGAGAGACCCAAAAGGGUUUGUAGAUAAGAGCAUUGUUCUCUCUGAGCUCCCCCUGGUCUCUUUUGUGAGGCUGGGAAACAGCAGCUUGUCCAAGUCUCAGAUCCUGAACCAAGUUUUCAGCAACCCUCAGCAGUACCACGACACCUUUGUUCACAGAAACAUGGAGUGCGGUGACAACCCAAGGAGGAUUUCCGAUGGACUGGUGGAGAUCAGCUGGUAUCUGCCCAGUGGGAAGAGAAACAUUGACAUCUUCUCUGAGCCACUGGCUAUAGCUAACCUCCGUGGGGACCUCAGGGACUUUGAAACUCAGUACGGUUUCCUUUGUCACAACUCUGCUGCCGUAUUUGUGUUUUGUGAUGAUUUUGGGUCUGAAUACAAAUUUGUGGACUCCCAGCACCUGAAGGCUCAUUGGUUCUGGAUCAUCAAUUCGCAGAGCAAUAACUUCAAUACGGAUGGCUUCAGGAAAUGUGUUCCUGAGUUACCGAUAAAACCCAGUAACAUCAUUAUAAAAGGUUCACAGAUGAAUGAUGCAGAAUUCGUGAAUUACUUGCGUUCAGCUAUCAGUGGAAUUUUAAAGGGUAAGGUGAUUAAAAUGAGCAUUGAACAAAUGCCUGUCAUUGCAUAUGAACUCGGGAUCCACGUUGAUGAAGAUUGUGACUGCUGUAAGAAUGGAAAGCAGAAGGCUAAUGAAAUCACAAAAAGGAUUUUUGAUAUACCGAGCUUCAAGGAGAAAGAGCUGCCCUUGCAGGGGACUGCAUGGAAACAGCUGGCCAAACUGGAGAAGGAAGAGUGCAGGAUGAAAAAUGCUGGGGAGAAAAACAUUGAAGUUUACAGAAAUGAACUUGCAGAACAGAAGCAGCAGCUCAGAGCACAGCAGAGGGCUCACAACAUCUCAGAGUCUAUGUACCGUUUCAUCGAAGCAAUGUCCGGUUCCACAGAGGAGCGCAAGUAUUUCCUCAAGUGGAUGAGGAUCAACCUGGACAACCUGUCACGCAAAAGGCUUCCAUGCCUUCAGGCCAAGUACAAGAAAUUCUGUCAGAAUUACUUAGAAAACAAGAAGCUCAUUGCAGAGUUGGACAGGAAGAUCUCUAGUUCCUCCUUGGGGACAGAGCACUUCUUGCGGGAAAUGGGUCAGCUGUACGAGUCGGCCUGCUCACUCCCUGAAGGCCCCACCCCUCAGAUUCAGGACCUGCCACGUCUGGCUGCUGAGCUGCUGCAGGAAGGCUUCCCUCUGGAGCUGGUGGAUGGAGAUGCAUCCAGCAUUCCUCUGCAGUGGGUGACUCAGGUUCUGAAGGAACUUGAUCAACUAACACAGUAUAAAAGUAAGAUCCGGGUGGUGACUGUACUGGGGGUGCAGAGCACUGGGAAGUCCACCCUCCUGAACACCAUGUUCGGGGUCCAGUUUGCCGUCAGUAGUGGCAGGUGCACGAGAGGGGCCUUCAUGCUCCUUAUCAGAGUGAAAGAGGACUUUAAAAGGCAGCUUGGGUGUGAUUACAUCAUGGUUAUUGACACUGAAGGUCUGAAGUCACCAGAGUUAGCCCAGUUGGAUGACAGUUAUGAGCAUGAUAAUGAACUGGCCACUCUGGUGGUGGGGCUGAGUGACAUCACAGUCAUCAACAUUGCCAUGGAGAACUGCACAGAGAUGAAGGACAUCCUGCAGAUUGUGGUGCACGCCUUCCUGCGGAUGAAAGAAGUUGGGAGAAAACCCUGCUGUCAGUUUGUGCACCAGAAUGUCCCAGAUGUCUCUGCCCAGGUGAAAACCAUGAGGGACAGGAAUCUUCUGCUGGAUCAUCUGAAUGAGAUGACCCAAGCAGCAGCUAAGAUGGAAAAGAAGGGAAACAACAAAACAUUUACUGAUAUCAUUGAGUAUGAUCCAGAGAGAAACACCUGGUACAUCCCUGGGCUCUGGCAUGGCAUUCUUCCCAUGGCACCGGUGAAUGGUGGCUACAGUGAGUCUGUAAAUCUGUUCAAGAGGAGUGUGAUUGAGACGUUUAAGCAACACAAAUCUGGAAAGAGCUCACCACACACAUUCAGUGAGUUCCUAGAAUGGACCAGGAGUUUGUGGAGCGCAGUGAAGUAUGAGAACUUCAUCUUCAGUUUCCGCAACAGCCUGGUGGCUGAUGCUUAUACUCAGCUUUGCACUGAGUUCAACACAUGGGAGUGGGCCUUCAGGAAGAACAUGUACUCCUGGUUAAGCCGAGCUGAGACAAAGGUGUCAAACUUUGGCACAAUAGCAGCACAGAUUCAGCCAUCCUCCGAUUUGGAUAACUUGAAGAGCAGCCUGAAAUAUGAGGCCUCUGUAGAACUGGAAAAAGCAGAAAAGCUCAUUUUGAAAAAUCUCACUGAAUUCUAUGAUAGACCAGAGGGACACGUUCACUUGGUAGAGAAGUACAAGGAGGAAUUCAUGAACUCAGCCAAAGCCAUCCGGAAGGAGACAGAGCACUCUGUGAAUAACAAGCUAGAUGCCACGGUGGAGAUUAGAAAGGGUAUGCUCAGCUUAGAGAAAAUCAAGAAAGAUCAUACAGCUGCAAUGGAGCAGAAGGUGCUGGACCUGAUUGAGAAAUGCAGGAAAAGUAAAGAUCUGUCAGAUCAAGAGCUGGAGACUGAAUUUGAGAAGAUGUGGAAUGAGACUGUGAAAGAACUGCAGUUCUCUGGCCUGGAAAAACUAGAUAUUGUCCGAGAUGUCCAUUAUCAGCUGAGGGCAAACUCUGAGAGAGAAGGCAGCUCAGUAUGUGAAAUUCUGUCCGAAGUGGGCAAAUUAUCUGAAUGUGGAAUGGAGCCAUUCAAAGUGAAUAGUAAAGCUCAAGAACAAAAUAAAAGGACAAAAGAUAUAAGAAAGGAGCAGGAGGUGGAGAUGCAAAAGAUAGCCGAUCACAUAAUCAAUUGCAGCAGGCAGUUUGUGGAUGAGAAAGUGAGAACAAGUUCUGAUUACCAUAACACAUACAUGAUAGACUUGUUUUGCAUGGUAGAUGAAAAGCUGGACAGGGACAAGGAUCUGGACACAAGUGCUGAGUUUCAGGCCAGUCUGAAGAUCCACAUCUGUGGACAUGCAGCACGGGAGUUUCAAAAAAUGCAUUUGGAUUUUAUCCAUGCAAAUGAUCCCCGUCGCUGUCUGGAGCAGUCCAAGCAACAGUACUGCGCUGACUUUAAGGACUUGUUCAAUAAAAGAGACCAGUGUCAGAAGAAAGCCAAUGAGUUCACCUACAACUGUCUUGCACUUGCAGUGAAGGAAUACAUCACCAAGUCUCUGGGCCCUGACCUUGUGGAUGAAGUGUUAAAAGGGCAGAAAGGUAUUGAUUUCAGCACUCGACCCUUCUGCCAGUUCUCAAUCCUCAAGCAGCUGCUUUCAGAUGAUAACUUUAAGGACUUUUUGAAUUACUCAAGGAACUACGAGAGCUUUGUGCAGGACUGGAUAUUUGAGCGGAUGGUGAAGCAGUUCUCUGAGGGAGAUGAUCUCAGGAACAUUGAGAUUAAGCACCUGAAGGUGAUGGUUAAACGAUUUAAGGAAGCCAUUAAGAAUGCAGAGAUGAAGGCCAGUGAAAGAGUGACAGAAAGGGGUGAGGAGGACCAGAACAUUCAGCAGUUCAUUCAAGAUAUCUGUAGUGACCUACAGGAGCUCACCAUCCCCAAAGACCCCCUCACAGUGGUCCUGGCCUUAAACUCUGCCAAGCCAGAAGACUUUUCCCAGUGUCUGAAGAGGCUUGUGGCUGAAAUGGAGCAGUCCAUUACUGCAGAGUUUCAGAGGGGUGGGGAUGUGAGGGCCAGGCUGACCUCACUGCCCUUUCAGCCACAGAAGGAGCUGUUUAACAGGGUGUUUGGCUGUGGGAGACAGUGUCCCUUCUGCAAGACCCCAUGUGAAGCAGGCGGCAAGAACCACACAGAGCACUUUGCUUACAUUCACCAUCCUCAGGGGAUCGGGGGUUACAGAUAUGAGGACUCCUGUAAAUUACUGAGUGAUAUCUGCUCCUCCUGUGUUGCCAGUCAGGGAAGAUUCAGGUCAAGAAAAACGGAGGGGAAAUACCAUCCAUACAAGGACUAUCAGAGAAUUUACACUGACUGGCUCAUCCAGCCUGACAGCAGCAUCCAGGCCUCAGACUACUGGAAGUACGUCUUCAACAGGUUUAAUGAGCAUUUUGCCAAGGAAAAUGACGCUAAGCCUGCAGACAUCCCCUCUCUUUGGACAGAUAUAACCCAAGACCAAGCCAUGAAAAGCCUGGAGAAAUCCUUCAAGAUGAAAACAGGAGGUUAAAUGGGUGUUUCAGUUGGGUGAUCUACUGAUUGGAAUUAAUAUGAAAUAUUAUACUCACAGGUACAAGGAAUUCUUCCAGAUGAAAACAGGAGAUUAAAUUAAAUUGAUUAUAUGGCCCCUGUUGCAGUCGGGUUGAAAAUGUAUUUUCUGAGUGGCAUUAAUUAACAGUCUACUCACACAUAUCAUAGCUAAUCACAAAAAGUGCCCCAACCAUUUGAAUCAUAUGCAAGAAAGGGCUAUUGGUUAAAAAUCAAAAUACAAUAAAAAUAAAACACAUAUCAUUUUUAAAAGGGAGCAUUAAAUUAAAUGAUCACUGCUGUUAAGAAAGAGAGAGAAUCACUGAUGCAUACAUUACUGCAUUUUUGCAGCCUUCACUGAGUUGCCUCUGAUACUCAGAUACAGAUAAUACCCUCAACCAGUCAUUAUACAUAUAAAAUGAUGUACAUGCUAGAAGGUGAUGUUACUUCUAUCAUAACCUAUGCAGCUUUUAUCUAUACACACUGUCUGAGUUAGCAUAGCUGAGCUUUGUUCAUUAUUCCAUUGUUUGGAUGUAUAAUCAGGGAUGGUAACUAGGCUGAGAUAUUUUAAGUUUGUUUAAUUUUGUGACCUCUAUAGCAAAAAGAAUAAUUUUAACGAAAAUACAAAUUACAUUUUAUGUUUUAUUCUAUGCUUCCUAUAAUAAGUAUUUUCUAUUAAUAAAGCACAUAAUAUUAUCAAUAAUACAUAAAGGUUAUCAGCUCUUCACUGCUAGCUUGGCUGUUUGACGUCAUACAUUAUUAAGUGCCUUGAUAAUCUGUUUACACAAUAGCAUAGCAUAGCGUACAUCCAUUCAUAUUCUUCAAAUAGUUUCAACACAUGAUUUCUUGUUACAAUGUUAAAAUGAUUGUUGUUAUCACUUUAUGAGCCUUUGUUAUCACUUCAUAAGCCUUAAUAUAGAAAUUUACUGUUCCUGAAAAAAAGAAAAUUGACCUUUGAGGCCCAAAGAUGCCAUCCAUCAACUCAUUAUCUAUACCUGCUUAUCCUGGUCAGGGACGCGGGGGCUGCUGGAGCCUAUCCCAGCAUGCAUUUGGAAAGAGGCAGGAAUACACCCUGGACAGAUCGCCACACACACCAUCCACUCAUCCCUAUGGGCAAUUUAGAAUCUCCAGUUAGCCUGCUGACAUGUCUUUGGACUGUGGAAGGACAUGCAAACUCCACACAGAAAGGCCCAGGGAUUCGAACCCAGGACUGCACCACUGUGCCGCCCUUAUAGCUUUCAUGAUGACUGUUUAUUUUUCUUUUUUAGAAAGCUGGAUUCAAAAUUUGUUUUGCUUCUUUGCACUUUGUAAAAUUGAUGUAUUUCACCACAUGUUUGAGCAUUUAUUACUUGCACAAAUGGCAUAAUCAAAAUAAAUGUUUCAUUUCAUCUGAA